AGUAAAGAUUCCUCAUUUGGAUUGCCGCCGGGAUAUCCUUUCCUAGUUCAUCCAAGAACACUGCGGACGACGAUGAACAGGCUUUGAUGGACAAGUUUGCUGCACUCGAACCGACGAGGCUUUAUUCAUCAUCGGCGUCGGCGACAAACAAGAGGGCAAGCAGAGCACAACCUAUUUCUCGAUGGAUUGGCAAAUUACCUGCUGAUAUUCACUUGCUUGUCCUGAACCAUCUCCCUAUCCCCGACAUCCCUGCCUAUGCUCGAGCAUCAAGAGCAACUGCUGGUCUAUCCCGCGAUGAGAAACUAUGGGAACGAAGAUGGAAUGAUUUAUCCAUUACUCGGCACGCCCUGGAUGACACGUUAGACGAUCUUGAAUCCAAGCAAAAGCCAAAGGCUAGCCCAUGUUCGCCUCCUACGAUACUUGUAGAUGAUGAUUUCGGAGAUUUCACAUCUGCCCCGCGCAUGCCAUCAGUUCCAUCUCUCUCUGCUGCAUUUACUUCAUUCGCACUCACAGACGCAUCUCCAGCAAAGCAGACUUUCCGCACCCGGUAUACACGCGCUCAUUCAAUUCUAAACAAAUGCUUGGCUCCUCUGAAGCAGCCACCCCAUGCAGUCCUUUCCGCGCUCACACCUCUCAUAGGCAUAUCUCUGUUGUCCCAGGCUCGUUCUCUUCGCCUACUCGGCUUCUUUCUCUCUCCCCGCGUCCAAUCCGUAAGAAAUUGGGACAUCCUUCUCGCCGCUCUGAAGGCUGCUAUAGAUCGAUUUGACGUAUCACUUCUGACCGCCUUUGAUGCUGCCGAUUCUCGCGGAGACGAAGUGAUGAUGAGAGAGGCUGCUCGUGCCAGCUGGGAGGUGUGGCCUGGGAUUGGGGAUUGGGAAAUGGGCAAGGUAUGGGCUGAGAAGCGAGAGAUAUUGUAUGAGCAAGGUCGUUGGAAUCCGCUAGCUAAUUUUACGGAGGAGAAUACCCUUGACUUUACACCUAUGGAUGAAUUUAUGGCUAGCGUCAUACGUGCGCUGGAGGAACACGGCACGAGGGCUGUGUUCGUCUUUCCGCCAGCUGCUGGAGUCCUCAUUGGGUUCGCAGAGCGUGUCGCCAACGAAGUUGUUGGUGAAUACAUAGCUCCCCUGCUGACACGUGCCAGAGAAAUAUCGAAUGCUCUCUAUCUCACUGCAGUGGCUGCCAGCUUCAGGGAAUCAUGGAGGAUUGUGGACGUUCUCACUACGUUGUCUAGUAAUUUCAGCCACAAAGAUAAAGACAAGGCAGAAGAUGUCGUAUUCAUGAUGUUUGAGCCAAACAUGGACGAAUACCUUGACGAAGAAAUAGAAUCAUUAAAACAGGCAUUCGAGGUGAUAUGCAAAGAGUGGGCCCGGUCGACAUCAGCGCUUGCAUCACAUGGUUUACCCACGCAAGCACAACAGACCCGCUUCCUUACUGCGCAGAACCCGGCUCUUAUGAAGCGUACCGUUCUAGCGUCAUUCACUGACGUGCUCCUUUUACCUGUGACCAUAGUUCCACGUACCGUCGGUGCCGGAGUGGUAGCUGUAGGGGGAGCUGUAGGGGGAGCUGUUGGAGCCGUCGGCACAGGUAUGGUCCAAGGUAUUGCAAUGCUUAAUCCACAGCGGUGGGUCGGUGGUACAGGAUCGUUGAACAACGCAAAAGAAUAUACCAGCUUCGGCCUCCGGGACGCCGAAGGAGAGGCCGCUAUCUUUGAGAUUGGUGCUGAUGAAGAGGGAGGUGAUGACGGUGUUGAUGAAAGUUCAAUGGCGCAAUAUACUGUUUCAAUUGAUAGCACCAACACAGCUGCAACCUCCUUUACGCCAUCUACAUUUGGCACUUCUCAAACCAAUGUGGCUUCCUCUACAUCUGCAACAAAAGCGACGCUGGCGCCAACAGGAAAUCUUGAUCUCCUGUUAUCUCUCGAUGUAGCUCUACAGUUGAUUCAUGCAGAUCGUGAUGCGCUCAAACGCCUCGAGAUCUUUGCGUCAUACCCGGGCCAUUAUGGAAUAAGGGUAAGAGAAACAAUCGAAGAAGCAUUUUGCGAGAUGCUGGGGGUAUUGUGUAACAGGCAUCUAGAGAAAGGUUUUGGAAUAGCAACGGAGCGGAUGAAUUCAUACAAACCAGCAGAACACGAAGAAACUGCCAGUGUAGCGCCGCUGCUGCAAUUCUUUGAGCUCGUCCAUAUAGGGGAUACGAUUCAAAGCAUGGUACAAGUAUUCUUUGACAAGGAACUGGCUCCAUACAUCGACAAAACGGACUUUCUGAAUGUGGUCGUGAGAGAGAAGAAACGGUUUGAAAAUACACUCGAUGACUGUGUUGCUGCAGGGCUCAAUGCUGGAACACAGGUGUUAAUGAAUCAGGUUGAACACAUCAUCCUGACAUUGACAAAACCACGGGAAUAUUAUCCCCCAGAGGAUGCUCCACUAGAGUUGGGUCCCACUCAGGGCUGUACGGAAGCUAUCCGAUGCUUGGAUAUGCAUUGCAAGCUUCUCAAGGGUAGCACGAGCAAGGAGGUGCUUGAAGUAUUCUACCAAGAGGUUGGAAUCCGGUUAUUGGCUAUACUGCAGAAGCACAUCAAGCGCCAGAUCAUAUCUCUGAAUGGCGGUUUCCAAGUUAUCGCCGACCUCAAUGCUUAUUACUCCUUCAUAGCUUCUCUCAAGGUACCUAAUAUCACUGCGGAUUUUUCACAUUUGAAGAUGUUGGGACAUGUCUUUGUCGUGGAAGACGCAAAGGAUCUAGCACAGAUCGUAAGAGAUGUGACAAGAUAUGGUGGGGCAUAUCGACCCGAGGAUAUUUACGAAUUUAUUCAACGGCGCGCUGAUUGGAAAAAGAUCGAGAAGACGGUAGACAAGACGAUGUAUAAUUUGAGCUUCAAAGAAGAUUGUAUUGUUUGCUGAACUUGGGGCUGGAGUGCAUUAUGACGCUAUGUAGUACCAACUGUAUUAUCUGUGUGUUCUGAUGCCUCAUUGCUCGAUCAGAAAAUGAUGGAAACGAUAGUGGUGGCAACUAGAUUAUCCUCAGUAUACGUCAUUUCAUGCGAG